AUGAUGUCUUGGAAAGAGGAUAAUGAUUGUUGCUCAUGGGAUGGUGUCACAUGUGAUACAGUCACGGGUUAUGUGAUUGGCCUUGACCUUAGUUGUAGUUUGCUUUCUGGCAGCAUCCCUUCCAACACUACCCUCUUUCUUCUUCUUCAAUUGAAAAGACUCAAUCUAUCUUACAAUGAUUUUAAUCUCUCUCAAGUUUCUUCUGGUUUUGGUCGAUUAACCAAUUUGACACACCUUGAUCUCACUGCCUCAAACUUUAGUGGUCAAAUUUCAUCUGAAAUCUCCCAUUUGUCUAAAUUGGUCUCACUUGACCUCUCAUGGAAUCAUUACUCCCUUAAGAACCAUCUGACAAUUGAAAGACCUAUUUUUGAAAUGCUAGUUCAAAAUCUGACCAUGUUAACAGACAUUUCUCUUGACUUUAUCGACAUGUCUACCAUCAUAACAAGUUCAUUGACGAAUAUAUCUGCGUCUCUAACUUCUUUGAGUCUCUGGGGGUGUGACCUACGAGGGAACGUGCCAGAACNGUCUUAUCAACUUGUCAUCCUCCAAUUAUUUCUCUUCUAUUCUCAAACUUGUGCAACACUCUGCUCUCAUCGCGAUAGCUCUGCAUUACUCCACUUCAAGCAACUCUUUUCCUUCACAAGUUAUUCCUCCUUACUUUGUGAUGAUUCUUCUUAUCCAAAAAUGAUGUCUUGGAAAAAGAAUUAUAGUUGUUGCUCAUGGGAUGGUGUCACAUGUGAUUUGAUGACAAGUCAUGUCAUUGGCCUGGACCUUAGUUGUAGUUGGCUUUCUGGCAACAUUCCUUCCAACAUUACCCUCGUUCUUCUUCCUCAAUUGAAAAGACUCAAUCUUGCUUACAAUAAUUUUAAUCUCUCUCAAGUUUCUUCUGAUUUUGGUCGAUUGACCAGUUUGACACACCUUAAUCUCUCUGCCUCAAACUUUGGAGGUCAAAUUCCAUCUGAAAUCUCUCAUUUGUCUAAAUUGGUCUCACUUGACCUCUCACGAAAUUAUUAUUCCAUUGAGAACCGACUGAGAAUUCAAAAAGUUGUUUUGGAAAGGCUAGUUCAAAAUUUGACUAUGUUAACAGACCUUGCUCUUGAAGAUGUGGACAUGUCUACCAUCGUAACUAGUUCAUUGAUGAAUCUAUCUUCAUCUCUAAUUUCUCUAAGUCUCUGGGGGUGUGAACUGCAAGGGAACGUGCCAGAACGCUUAUUUCGCCUACCAAAUCUACAGAUCCUUUUGUUAGGAGGUAACUUCAACUUGACAGGUAACUUUCCCAAAGUUAAUUGGAGCAGCCCACUCAAGAUCUUGGAUGUCUCUGAUAUGAGUUUGUCGAAACAAUUACCUAAUUCAAUUGGCAAUCUCAUGUCAUUAAGCCAUUUGUCCCUUUAUAACUGCAAUAUUGUUGGGUCAAUUCCUACCUCAGUUGGCAACCUUACACAACUUGCUUAUUUGAGUAUGUCGUCUAACAAAUUCAAUGCUCAUAUCCCGUCACUUCUUUCAAAUCUUGCCAAUCUUCGUUUUCUAGAUCUUUCCUACAAUAACAUUAUUGGUGAAUUUCCUGACAUUUUUGUCAACUUAACGCAACUUUCUUUUUUAUCAUUGACAAGUAAUCAACUCACUGGUCCAAUUCCUUCUUGUGUCAAUGUCCUUCAGAAUUUAGCUUGUAUUAGUUUCUCUACCAACAAUCUUAGUGGCACAAUACCAUCUUGGUUAUUCACUCUACCACUAUUGCAAACCAUUUAUUUGGAUCAUAAUAGACUGCAUGGCUCUAUUCCAGGUUCAAUCUUUGAACUUGUGAAUUUAACCGAUCUCGGACUUUCUUCAAACAACUUAAGUGGAAUUGUAGAGCUUCACUUGUUCUCAAAGCUAAAAAAACCUUGA